AUGCCAGUAGAUUUAGCUAGGUCUACCAGUGACACAUAUAGCGCGGGGCGUUGCGGCCUGAGGUGCGGACAAGGGGGAGGCAGUUCGACUUUCACUCGCGCGCCUGAGAUGCGCGCGCACGUCGCGGCAAUGACCAUGCAGGCGCCGGGCCCGGUGUCAAGUGCAUUUGUGGCAGUUUUCACUAUUGCAGUCCGUUUCAGUAUCGUGCAAAGUUUUGGUGGUCAACACAUCCAAGCAAUGUAUCUUUAG